AUGGUGAAAUCAGACAAUGAAAUAAAUAUACCCAUGGCAUUAAAAUUAAAUUCUAAGUUCGCGAGUAAAAAAUAUUCAGAAGAAGACGUUUCCUUAAAUAAAAGUAAGUUGCAAGAAGAAAGAGAUGAUACCAUGUCACAUCCGUACGAAUCAUCUGAAUCUGCUUCUACAUCAGUAGAAACUGUGAUAAAAGUAUCAUCUAUGGAUAAUUCAGAAUAUCAAAAGAAGGAAUGUGGAAGUUCAAAAUCUUUAUUCAAUGAUGAAAUGCAAUUUUUUGAAAUACUAAACGAUCGCAAGUAUCCAUUAUUAAAUCAUCAUGAUUACACUAGUGAAUCUGAUUCAAUUCUUGAGAAUAGCAGGUUAGAAAAUGUAGAAGAUACGAUUAUAAUAAUCCUUCCACUUUUUAAAGAACAGCCGCCAGUUAAAGUGCUUCAAAAUUAUAAAUAUGGCAUCGAUUUGAAAUUAAGAGAAAGUAUUGAAAUUUAUCUGGAAUCUUCUCUAGAAUGUUCUACAAAUGCUCUUACACACGUAAAAUACAAUAGCAGUUCUUUAAUAUUGCAUAUGAUGAAUAACAGUAAUCCCGAAUCAGUUCCAGAAUAUUUGAGUUUGGUAAGCUUUGAUGUUGUCAUGCCUUCUUCUAUCGCCAUUUCGUCUCCAAACAUCUCGUGGUCUUCCUUAAUUAAACAAGAUAAUAAAGAAUUUUCAAUUAAUAAAGACAAGCAUGGCGCUAAGUCAAAAAAAGAAACGAAAUUAUUUAAUUGGAGCGAUGAUUCUCCAGAUUUAUGUGCGCAAAGCAAACGUCCUAAAGACGAAUCCAGUUUGUUGACUUCACUUAGUUUGUACUUCAACCAUAGAGUUUUUAAUCCUCAAUAUCACUCUACCUUCAGUGGUUUCGAUUCUUCGACUACUUUAAAGAGGAGCAUCUUAAAUCAGAUCGGAAAUGAAAGCGGAAGUACAUCCUGUAUUAGAAGUCGAAUUCAUCGACUUCUUACCGAAAUCGAAGAGAAGACUCUUAGAUUAUGGAAAGAAACUAAUUCCAAAAUAGCGUUAGUCAGGGGUCAAAGUUCGAUCAUCGCACGAGACUUCUCUACUUAUCAAGCAGUACUAGAAAAUCUGGGUUUUAUCGUCAAGACGUGGUCGUCCGGCAACAACUCCGACAAUCUUCGACCUCAUCUGUUGAUCUGCUUCACCUUUUCCGAUCCUUUAAACUGCUGGCAGAAGAGUAACAGGCAGGGUGUUAAGUUGAACAAACUCCCUUCUCUUCGUAGCAAUAUUUGGCAAAGAGAAGCCAUUUGUUCCCUUCUUCGCAACUCUAACGUAUCUUGUUACGUCUUGCCAUCUGAUUACGACGUCUUUAUUUCAUCUGCCACUUCUUCUAAUCUCAAUUGGUUAGUACAACUUCAAUCUGGAGAGAAUUGGAAGGUGCUGGAAGCAUCGGACAUUAUCAAACAAAUGGACGAAUUUCGUUCCAUUCGAGCCAUUAUACAACCUUAUCCAUCGUUACCUCUAACAAUACUGGGGCAACCUGUAACCCUUCGAAUCUACAUCCUCAUCACAUCGACCUUCCCUCUAAGGGCAUACUUACACACGCAAGGAAUCGUUUACAGAAGGCAUUUGGUAGGGAAUAGAACUUUAAGAAAGAUACCGAGCCAAGUAUGGAACAUGAAUCAGUUCUGGAACCAUCUAAGGAUUAAAAAUGGCGAUCAUUCCGUCAGAUUAGCUAUAAGAAGAUUGUUUGGUGUUCUGGUUCAGAUUUUAUUAUCCCUAGAAACCCUGCUUUCUACCGAAGAUAAUGCUCAGAGAAGGUGUCAACAAUGCUUCCAAUUGUUAGGAUUCGACAUCCUGUUCGACAUAUCCCUGCACCCGUACGUAGUAGAAGUGAACGGGCAGCCAGAUAUGAGGCAUACAGACAACGUCAUGACCAAUAACAUCAAAAGGGGUGUAGUUAGUGACACCACGAACUUAGUAUUCGCCAUAGAUUCGGUCAGCGAUCGAGUUACAGAAGCAUUAAUGAGAUUAGAUCCGGAAGCAAUUGGAAUUCUGGGCAUUAACUGUCGGGUUAAUCACGAAUUUUGUUUGAGUUAUACCGAUUUAAAUCUCUUAUUGGAUACCCAAAGAGAAUAUUUGAAUAGAGGAGGAUUUAUUCAGCUAUAUCCAUCCAGCAGUUCGACCAACGAUUCUUUCUUGAUGAAUGUGCUCUUAAGGAUGAAAGAUGUCUCGCUUAAAAAUCAAAAAACAGAGGAUCAAUGGAUUAAUCGUAAAGAAUCUACAAUUAAUUCAGAAGAUUACAGGAUGUCUAGAUGCAGUGAAGAUCCUUCGACGAAGCCUUACAUAUCGGACAUACAAACGUUGCCAUAUCUCGAAUUCCAUCCGCCAUUUUCACCUUACUACACAGAUUAUGUGGCUAAUGUCACUUACGAUCAACUAAUUUUAAGAAUUUCGGCUUCGUGCCAGUUUUGUCGUUGCGAAGUUCGGUUAGACGAGAAAGAUGGACCUGCAAGUGCUACAAAUUACACUCUAGGAGUGGGAGAAAAUAAAAUAUAUCUUCUAGUGAUCGACAUUAGCCAUAGUAAACCUUGGUUGGUUAGCACCUAUACCCUUACUGUCUACAGGCUGCCUUUAGUACACGGUGAAGCUCCCUUUGAUCCUUCAGAGAGUCAUCAAGUUUGCAGUUUAAUUCAGGCAAAUUACGGCACACUCUACAGCCUUGGCACAUCUCCCGCGAGUCGUGAAGUCGAUACAAACAAACAAUCAGGAUAA